ACACACAGAUAUACACACAACGCAAAUUAAGCUUUGGAAUUUCUACUUUUCAAUUUUGAAACAUGGCGCUUCCGAAUGCUGUCGUGUUGAACGUCCCAACAAGUGCUACAAAUACUUAUCUAUACCGUAAGGACGAUGGGUCUGUCGCUAACGGAGGUGACAACAUGUUCAGCCCGAUGGUUAAGAUUGAAAUCGAGCAAGCAACAGCAGGCGACAAAUACGUCCACCUCCGAUUCUCCUACUACAACAAAUAUUGGCAGAAGAGUGCAGACAACAAUUCCAUCGUGGCCGUAUCAAACAAGCCCGAGGAGGACGUGACGAUGGCGUCGUGCACGCUCUUCGAGCCAAGCUUGCAGUCGGAUGAGCUCUACUUGACUCACGUCCAGAGCGGGUGGCGUGUGAUGAUGGACAACUCAACCAAGGGUUUCUACAUUGACAAAGACAGCGUAGGCGCGACUCUAGGGUUUGUGGAUUGGGGCACAUUGGUUAAAAUGCCUCCGCACAUUGCUGUGAAAGGAGACAACGGGCAUUACCUCAAGGCUUUCAUAGACAAGAGCAACUACUACCUACAAUUUGCAUCAGAUGAUAGUAUCGAUGUUUAUUCUGGGCACACGGUGUCGCUGAUGCCCGAUGGACACGUCCAACUAAUUUCAGAUCAUUUUGGAAAAUUGUGGUGGGCGAGUGAUAGCUGGAUAUACGCGGACGGGAAGGGCAGUGAAACCAGCACUCACUUCUGGCCGAUCAAAAUUGAUAAUAACACUAUAGCGCUACAAAGUGCAUCCAACAACAGGUUUUGUGGACGUCUCACAUCAGAUGGUGUGACCGACGGUCUUGCUUCCUUAACCGGCACCCUCAUGAAAGAAACGAGAUUGCAGGUGGAAGAACUGGUGUCCCGGAGAAAGAUCUACUAUGUGCGGUAUCGGAUGGAGAACGCACGGGUAUACGACGAAAAACCUUAUUUGGCUGGCACGGCUAGGCUCACGAACAACACGGAUAAGGAUGAUUCCAUGGCUGUGUCCAUAAACAUAUCAAGACGAGAAAUCUUAUACUUUUAG